GUCAGACUUGGGGAGGAGCACCAAGGACGUUAUAUUACAUCUGGACAUAGCAGGAGCGCACACGCACAGUCCACAGCAGCGCAGCGCGUCCAGAGUCGCACCAGAGGAGGAGAGCAUCCUCCGACCCGCACGUAUCCCAAACCUCUGCGUUCCCCCCUUCCUAGGAGAGCGCCGCACCAGGGCACAAUGUCUCCAAACACCCGCACGGAUCUCACGGAGGCGACGCGCUCCUCCUGCGCUCCGUCUUAGCGCGUCUGGCGGCGGCGGAACGCGAUGUCCUGGAUGUAUUUUCUGCGGAGAUUGUGAAGUGGAGAAGGGGAAGCGCAGCUCGCAGGAACCAUGUGGAGAGCGGAAACGUCCCUCGAGAUCCGUCGAUGAGGAAACAAAGAGAGACGAGAUGGUAGAGAAUGGCCGCACCUGACCUUCUUGACCCGAAAUCUGCCGCCCACAACUCCAAGCCGCGCCUGUCCUUCUCAGCCAAACCGGUGCUGCUGAACACGCCGAACGACGAUGAUGAUGACUGUGACACCCACACCACUGUCAUGAGGUGGAAAACCGUGUCCGCCAUCUUCUUCUUGGUGGUGCUCUACCUCAUUAUCGGGGCGAUGGUGUUCAAAGCGCUAGAGCAGCCGUACGAGAGUUACGAGAAGUUGGUCAUCCUCGAAAAAAAGUUGGACUUCUUGGUCAUGCACGGCUGCGUGAACUCGUCUGAGCUGGAGGAUUUGGUCAAGCAAGUGGUUUCAGCAGUCCGAAAAGGUGUGAACCCUUCAGGAAACUCAACCAAUCAGCAGAGCCUCUGGGACAUCAGUUCCUCGUUCUUCUUCGCCGGGACUGUUAUCACCACUAUUGGUUUCGGGAACAUCUCUCCUCACACAGAAGGCGGCAAGAUCUUCUGUGUCAUUUACGCCCUGCUGGGGAUUCCCCUGUUUGGAUUCUUACUGGCUGGUGUCGGGGACCAGCUGGGGACCAUUUUUGGGAAGGGCAUCGCCAAAGUAGAGAAGAUGAUUGUGAAGUGGAAAGUCAGCCAGACAAAGAUCCGCGUCUUCUCCACGCUGCUCUUCAUCCUGUUCGGCUGCCUCAUCUUUGUGGCCCUGCCGGCCGUCAUCUUCAAGCACAUCGAGGGAUGGAGCACCCUCGACUCCAUCUACUUCGUGGUCAUCACUCUCACCACGAUCGGCUUUGGAGACUUUGUUGCCGGCGAAAAAGCUGGGUCAGAGAGUCCAGAUUAUCUUGACUUCUACAAGCCCGUGGUGUGGUUCUGGAUAAUGGUGGGCCUGGCGUACUUUGCCGCUGUGCUCAGCAUGAUUGGAGACUGGUUCCGGGUCAUCUCCAAGAAGACUAAAGAGGAGGUCGGGGAGUUUCGGGCUCACGCAGCUGAGUGGACAGCAAACGUCUCAGCGGAGUUCAAAGAGACCCGGCGGCGGCUCAGCGUUGACAUCUAUGACAAGUUCCAGCGAGCUGCAUCCAUCAAGCGCAAGCUGUCAUCUGAGCUGGGUAUAAACACGUCCAUCAACCAGGAAAUGACCCCUGGCAAGAGGACGCUGUCGGUCAACCUGUACGAGGACAGAGAGGCCUGCCACAACUUGACUCUCUCCCUCAGUCCCGUCACGGGCGCACUGACCAGGAAUGGCAGCCUCUACCUGAACGGCCUCAGCCCAGACUACGCUGACCGGCGGGAAAUUGCCAUCAUCGAAAAUCUAAAAUGAGGAAAGCGUGUGCAUGAAAAUUAGAUUAAAGGGGCUGAACAUACACACGCUUUUGUGGCUAUUGACUCAGCAUCUGUGAUAAGGUACCAAUGCACAUUCAUUAAGUGGAUUGAGUGCCAAUCAUUGAUUAAAAACCUUGAUAAAUCCAUCUGUUUGUUAAACACUCACACAGAUACUUUUGGUGUGGUUUGCGCCUAAGAUUCACGUCAUUCGACGAAAGGAGUCUGACUUCUAUUUUUAUUUUGUCUGUGCCAACAUGAUCGAGGUGAUCGAGCCAAAUCCGGAGCAUGCUCCGGACUGGAACAUAUGAUUGUAUCAGAGGCAUGAGUUUAACAAACUUCUCUCAUCAGCAGGAAAGUAAAUGAAAGCCCAUAUUUAGGUAGCAGCACACUGGACAUCUGGGUCACAUAUACAUACAAAUAAGCCUAUAAACACACAGAAGUGAAUACAUUCAUCAGACUUAGAAAGCAAUAGAUGUAUCUGUGCUCAUCUCUUGUUGAGGCCCUGAAAUCUGCAUCAGAUGAAGAGGAGCCUCGCUGCUAAAAAAAAAAUACACUCCAUAAUCAACAAUGAACUCUGGCGAGGCAGCGGUCCUGUGCCAACACAAAGGAAUGUCUCUUUCUCUUUUCGUUUACACUUCUUCCAGUAUGAAUUUAUAUUGCCUUGUAUUUGCCUGUCAGUCCGCCCUCACUUAAGAGACGAAUGUUGACAUCUUCGUUCCUCCAUGACUGACGUUCAGCUUUUCACCCCAAGGAUUAAUUCACAUGUGCCUUACUGAAAACCACCGGUUUUACAUGUGAGGAUGGUGAUACAUGAAAGACUGAUGCUCUCCGUCCACUCAUACUUGUUAUCCAUGAGCACAGUUGUUAUAAAGACACAAUAUAUAGACAGUAUGAAGUAUGCAGGAGAGGCAAAUGUAAGGAGAUGGACAUGGACCUUUUUUUUUAUUUAAAUAAUUUCAAGCUGAAUCUACAGAAUGCAUGGCAACUGAGCGGAGAAAUGGUUUCUUGGGAUAUGAUUCAUUUCUGUCUGUCAGCCUGAAUUAGCCAUUUCCUCCCAGUCUCAGAGUGUUGAGAUGGAUACAGUGCCAGGCUCACUGAUCAGACCCUCAUCUCCCCUAUAUAUGCCAAAGUAAUGAGUCUGUUUUUCUGACAGAGGAAUCGGAGAAGUAUCCAGUCUGAUCAAAGGAUCUGGUGUGUUUCUGUUCUCCCUAAUUCCCAUCCUAUUUUCCUAGAAAUUGAACCCACCGCUAUGUUUUCACGCAACUGGAAAUAGAGCUUGGAGGGAAAAUAAAUCCCUGGCACGUAUGGUAACCUGUUGCAAUGACAGCUCGGAGGCUGGGAAGAAUACAUUAUCUUUACUGCUUUUAAAGAUGUUGCAGCUGUAUGUCACAACCCUCACGUAUAAAGUUACAGGGAUCGUUUCCUUAUGCCAAUGCUGAAUGUACGCUAUUGGAAACUUGUUUUUGCUCGAUAUCACUGCAGGCGUUUAGAUCACCAGGCUGGAUCACACUGAAAUAGAAGCAUCGAUCUAAGUAAAUGUCACUCUGCAGCUGAUUUGUUGUUGAUUAAAUAUUAAGGACGUGGUAGGAAUGUCAUGUUGGCACAGUUAAUAUUUCACCUUGACUCUUAACAUACACAUUCACACUUUGAUUUCUCAUUCAAAUUCAGCAUAUUUCCACAAAGAAUUAGGUUACUUUUCAUAUCAUUGGAUUUUAUCACUGGUGUCCCCAGUUGAAUGAUCUGGAUUGUGUCUUGUGUUAUUCAGUGCAUUUUUUCCCCCCCAACAGGAUACACUUAUAUUCUCAGUAGCAUUAACAUGCAUUAAUGAUACAGUGUGACUUACAGGACAGUAUGUCAUAUAUGGCCAAACAAUAUACCAAAUGUCUAUAAUUGGGUGGGGAUGAGUAUGUUUUUGUUGUUGUUGUUUUGAUUUUUUUUUUUUUUUUUGGUGAAAAUGGAUUGCUUUUGUUUUCUGUUAAAGCACAUUUCAGAACAUCCAAUGUAAUCUUAUUCCUCAACUUAAUGGCAGGAGCUGAUUGCACCAGCUUUUGGUUUAAAGUUUAAAGUUCCCAUGAAGAUCAAAAUUGAUGCUUAAGUGUUGUUAUCACAUAGGUCUUUCUCCUACAGACUAGUAUCACACCCAACAAUGGCCAAAAAAGUAGUUUUGUAGGGGCUCUUAAUGGUAUUGUAUAGUUAUAGCUUUUAAAAUAGGAGAUGACUCAUCCUGCACUUUGGGGCGUAUACCAAUAAACAUUCACAAGGCUGCUAUGAAUGUCAAAGUAGAGGGGGGAGCCUCCAGAGCAAGCCUCAUUUUUCAACUUUGUCCACUGAUUUUGGUAAAACUUGAUCAUAAUUCAUGGAGGAAGUAUUUUCUCAACUAUUAUUGCUGACUACUGCUAACGAGGAGCCUCCCAAUGAACAGCUCCAGAUAGGGUCUGCACGCAGCCUCCUGGAACAAUAAUGGACAGAUAACAGUAGCAUUAGCAUAUAGAGGCUAAUGAAGCUGCUGUUAGUUGCCUCUCGAAGGCAGAGUUAUUCCUUCCCAGUCUGGCCGUGUUCAGUGGGAGCUGCCAGUCUGGGUAGAGUUGGUUGACUGCUAGAUUCAUGGUAGGGGGCGUCAUGCGUAUUCAGUGCUAUUUGCUACUUUAAAAGCUGAUCAGUAUCCGUGCUAAAUCCUCUCCUAAGCAGAAGACAUGUCAUACCAAAGCAACUUGCAUAUCACUAGCUAUUUCAUGGGAACUUUAAACUUAGCCUACUUAUAACUUAAGAGAUCAGAUGAAGAUUUACAAACAACUGAUCUGAAUAUGUUGCACUAAACAAAGUAGAUCUUAGAUAUGGAUGAGUUCAUUUACAAUACCUAGUUAAAGAAUAUAAAUGCCCGAUGUAACAGAUAUGUGGCUAUCUGAAUUAAUUCACAAAAUCUGCAUUAGCUUACUAAUAGAUUACCGAAAUUAGAAUGAAGGUGAUGCAAUACAGAUCCGACCGGACACUUUGCUGUAUGUAUGUUAAUGUCGUCAUUACCUAAAAAGUGACGCAAUGUACCUCAAAUAUACUAUCUUUUAAAAACUUAGUUCGACUAAAUAACUAAAUAGGGUUAUCUAAGUUAGCAUGAUUGAAUAUUUCCCCACUUAUUCUGACGUGUAUAAAUGUAUGUCAUUUUUUCCCCCAUGUAUACAUAUAUAGAUGAAACAAACAUUCAUAAUGAUAUAUUGGUCCAGUUCUAAAACUACCAAGCAGUUACUAGACUUAAAUAAAAGUAAAAGAAGUGACAGGUUUACAAAUAUCUGGUGCAACCCUGUCUAGGACAGUAUUGGUAGGUUACAAGUUUGCUGUCUUUAUCCAUCAAGGAUCUCCUGGUGUUCUUGAAAGCGUAAGCAGGGCCCGACUGACAGUACAGUAAGGUCAGCAGCUGUCAUGUGUCAUAAAAUCAAAGAGAGAGUCACUUCGGCAUUGUGAAGAAAGAUAAGAUAAAAGAAACGAAUAGGAGUCGAUUGGGCUUAAAGGUUACCAUGGUGUUCUUCUUGUGUUUCUAAAAGGUGAACAAUAGCAUCCAAACACCAACUCUGUGGGUUGUUUUUUUUUUUUCUUGCAAUACACUGGGGGGAAAAAAAGACAACUGGCAUAAUAAUGCAAAGCAGAACCGAGCCUCAGUGCAGAUGCUCAGCGUGAAGCCCCCAAGAGGCGUCAGCAAGUGUGAGUGACAGCUGCUGCGAGAUGAGCUGUCAGCACAGAGGAAAGUCAAGGAGCGCUGCUGAAAGAGCGUUAUGUAAUAUGUCAGGACACACGUGGAAACGUGUGCAUGAAUGUGUUUACAGUACGUGUUUGUGCCCGAAUGAAUGUGUGAAUGUGCAGUGGGGUUUUUCCAGAAAACCAAUUUCAUCUCCGCACACACACACACACACACACACACACACACAUGCAUUUUCGCACGACAGCCCCCUCAUUCCCCUGGGUGACAGUUUUUUAAUUAAGUCUUCGGCUGCAUCAGAAUCCCAGUUCAAGCAUGUUGAAUGUAUCUAUCCAUUCAUGAUGGCAGAGAUUAGCCUCAUUAAGAAUGUAAGCACAUGAUUCGACAUUGUGAUUUAUGUAUGCACAGAGCGGGGAUGCUGUGAAGAUAACUAUAGGCUUUUUAAGGCCACGUGCCCUCAUACAUGAUGGCAUUAAAAACGUGAUUAUGUACCAAUCAUAGUCGUUAUUAUCAUGAUAGUAGGUAAGAGAAAAGUGUUCUAAAAAUCAAGAAUCAUUUCCUAUUUUAGGUUAGAUUUGGUCAACUUUUUAAAAUGUAUGCAUGAAAAUCUUUUAAAAUGAGAACCAUUAAAGAAAAUUAAGUGUUUAUUCUGUUGUUUUUAAAUUCCUGAUGAGCUCAUCUGUAAAAAAAAAAAAAAAAAAAAAAAACUUGCCAAUAUACAUGGGGGGGUCAUGUACACACAUGCACAUUUUAAAAAGUCAA